UUGGCUUCCGGUCUUCUUCGAGGGCAAUCCUUUUUUUCCCAGCGAGUUCAUUCGGCACUCGGCUUCGCGACUCGCGAGUUCGAUUUUUGAUCGAUCGGCUCUCGUCACUUUGGAAUUUUUGAAGAAGCCGCCUUAAACGUGGGAACUGCACGGGAUGUUGAACAGACCGCAGAGUGCCACUACCAGACAGGAGGCUGAGAUGAUCAAUAAGGCCCAACGGGCCCUCCACGCAACAACGGACUCCAUAGAAAAACUUCGUCUUCUCUGCCUGGCCCGAGGUGCCCAUGGCAUCUUAGGGCUCGGCAGAGUAUUUCGUCGCGUGGACGCUGACGGAAACAAGCAGUUGAAUCUGGAAGAAUUUACUGAUUGCCUGCGAGAAACGGGAUUGGACAUUUCCGAUGACGAGAUUAAUGAGAUAUUUAAGAAGUUGGACACCGACGAGAGUGGCGGGAUCAGUAUCGAUGAAUUCAUCGCCAUUAUUCGGCCACCAAUGUCGGAGAGCCGAAAAAAGGUUGUGGAGCAGGCUUUUCAAAAACUGGACAAGACCGGUGAUGGACAAAUCACCGUCGACGAUCUACGUGGAGUUUACAACGUGAAAUGUCAUCCUCGAUACAUCAGCGGCGAAGAGAGCGAGGAGAGCAUUUUAAAUAAGUUCCUCGGGAACUUCGAGCAGGGUACCAAGGACGGGAUCGUGACGGCCGAGGAGUUCAUGAAUUACUACAGCGCUAUAAGUGCCAGCAUCGAUCACGACGCAUACUUCGACCUUAUGAUGCGCAACGCGUACAAAUUGUAAAUCGAUCGAGUUUCCUGCAUCCUUCAACAUCACGAAAAAAAAAAAAAGAGUUCCUUUCAGCUUGGCAACGGUGAAUUAUUUCUUUCCUCGCGACAUUAAUGCAAGAAUUCUUAUUAGUGCAUUCCCGUAAGUGCCUUAUUGCUGGCUUACCGAGUCAUUUGUUUAGCAGCAAUCCUCUCACGAAUUUUCUAGUGCUACAUUAUUUAACGACUAAGCGCAUAUUUCGCUCUCCACUAUAUUUAGUUUAACAGUUUUUAAUGUUAUACCGAUUUUGUCGUCCGAACGAGUGUUCGCGACAGUCGCAUGGUUGAUCAGGGUCCAAUAAGUCAAUAUUACGGAAUGUAAUAAUACAUUUGUACUAUUUGUUAUGUUAACAGGCAUAUCGAAUGUACCGUAUUACUAAAUGCUUCUAUCUCUUAGGUUGCUGUUCGGAUUAAUAGCUACGAUAAAUAAAAAUAUAUAUUAAAUGUAUAAUAUAUUACAGGAA